UUGACAACUCCACGAACGGCGGUGAGCGUGUCGUGCGCGAUCGCGGCUCUGCAGACACGCCAAGGCCGCUCCAUGGCGCCCUGAUAUCCCCCGUCCCCCCCACCCCCCACCUCCUCCUACCUCCGACAAGCCCUCCGUGCGGAUCGCGAUUUAAUAGAGGAGAGGGAUUUAAUUCCACUGAGACAUUUUCCAUCUAAACGGGGGGUGGGUGGGUUGAAGGGGUAGGGGGGGGGGGGGUUGCAAGACAAGAGGUGUGUUAAGGAUUUUGGUUUCCCGGAUUUUUUGCGUUUGUUUUUUUGGGUUUUUUUUUUUUUUUUUGCGAUGGACUGGCAUGGCAUGGCCCGGCUAGGAUUCCUCCUGCUGGCUCUGCGCACACUGCGGGGGCUGAGCGCCGCCUGCCCCGCCGCCUGCACCUGCACGGUAACGCGGAUCGCGUGCGUCGACGGAGCGGCGCGGAGCAUCGAGGAUUUCCCGCUGCUCACGCUGGACGACAUGGAAAACAUCACCGACAUAUACAUUGCAAAUCAAAACAGACUGUUUGAGCUCAACGACAACAGUCUGAGGCACUACAUAAACCUUCGAAACCUAACAGUAACCAGGACCAGGUUGACGUCCAUAUCCCCAGAUGCCUUUUACAACAAUACAAGACUGCAAUACGUGAAUUUGCGAGACAAUAACCUGUCGAUGCUGUCAUGGAGGACCUUUCAGAAUUAUAACAUCUCCUAUUCUCUCCUGCUCUCUGGAAACCCUCUGGACUGCAUCUGCGAGAACCUCUGGAUCAAACUGAGGAGCCAAGAGGAACCUGACAACCAAGAUCUGCAAUGCAAGGACGAGCAAGGAGCAACACAAGUCUUUGCCACGCUCACGCCGCCUGACUGCGUGGUUCCUCAAGUAGAGGUCACCCCUACGACGGUGACCGAGAUGCAGGGCGCCGAUGUCAAAGCUUUGUGCAGCGCCUCGGGCAUGCCACCUCCGGAAAUCUUGUGGAACCUGGACAUGAUCUUCUCUCACUAUGAGAUUGACCCCACGGAGACUGAGAGCAGGCUCACCUUAACCAACCUCUCUCCCGAGGACAACGGGCUGGUGAUCACAUGCACUGCCGAGAACAUGGUGGGUCAGACUGAGGCCACGCUACAGCUCAACAUCCUCUUCGCCCCCAUCAUCCAGCAGCUGCUGGAACCGGAGCAGGGCCACCACUGGUGCAUCCCCUUCAGCAUGACGGGCAACCCCAAACCGGAGCUGCAGUGGUACUUUGAGAACGUGACGCUGGAGGAGCAGGACUAUAUCCGGACCAGGAUUCACCAGUCCACCAAGAGCGAGUACCACGGCUGUCUGCAACUGGUCAACCCGACGCACAUCCACAAUGGCGUCUACCGGCUGGUGGCCAAAAACCAGUACGGCCGUGACGAGAAAAUGGUGGCGGCGCAGUUCAUCGACCCGCCCUACAACCACACAGAAGAUCUUUUCUACGACUACACCACCGACUCGCCAUUGCCGCCAAUGGAUGACAGCAUUGCUGUUUACAUGGUUGUGGGAAUUGCCGGUGUGGCUUUGAUGGGCUGCGUUUUCAUGGUGAUCAUUCUCAAAUAUGGAAGGAACUCCAAAUUUGGAAUUAAAGGCUCGUCGUCGGUCAUCAGCAACGAUGACGACUCGGCCAGCCCCCUCCACCACGUCUCCAACGGCAAUAACACGCCAUCGUCCUCCGAGAUGGCACCCGACGCCGUCAUCAUCGGCAUGACCAAGAUCCCCGUCAUUGAGAAUCCGCAAUACUUUGGCAACUCCGGCAGCAUGCUGAAACCAGACACAUUCGUGCAACACAUCAAGAGACACAACAUCGUGCUGAAGCGCGAGCUGGGCGAGGGCGCCUUUGGCAAGGUCUUCUUGGCCGAGUGCUACAACCUGACACCCGACCACGACAAGAUCCAUGUGGCCGUCAAGACCCUGAAGGAGGCCAGCGAGAGCGGGCGUGCCGACUUCUACCGGGAGGCAGAGCUACUCACUAACCUGCAGCACGAGCACAUUGUCACCUUCUACGGCGUGUGCGUGGACAGUGACCCCCUCAUCAUGGUCUUUGAGUACAUGAAGCAUGGAGACCUCAACAAGUUCCUCAGGUCCCACGGUCCGGACGCAGUGCUGAUGGCGGACGGGCAGCACAGUAUCCUGGUGGAGCUGACGCAGUCGCAGAUGCUGCACAUCGCGCAGCAGAUCGCGGCCGGCAUGGUCUACCUCGCAUCGCAGCAUUUUGUGCACAGAGACCUGGCCACCAGGAACUGCCUGGUGGGUGAGAACCUACUGGUCAAGAUCGGAGACUUUGGCAUGUCCAGAGAUGUCUACAGCACCGACUACUACAGAGUGGGCGGCCACACGAUGCUGCCCAUACGCUGGAUGCCCCCGGAGAGCAUCAUGUAUCGACGCUUCACCACCGAGAGCGACGUGUGGAGCCUGGGCGUGGUCCUCUGGGAGAUCUUCACCUACGGCAAGCAGCCAUGGUACCAGCUCUCCAACAACGAGGUGAUCGAGUGCAUCACGCAGGGCCGUGUGCUCCAGCGGCCGCGCACUUGCCCCAAGGAGGUUUACGACCUGAUGCUGGGCUGCUGGCAGAGGGAACCCUACAUGAGGCUCAACAUCAAGGAGAUACACGCUAUGCUCCAGAGUCUUGCUAAGGCCUCCCCCGUCUACCUGGACAUCCUGGGCUGAGGUGAUUGCUACUAAGCCCUGCUGUACAGUUACGUGUGUGUGUGUGUGUGUGUGUGAGAGAGAGGCAGGGAGGAAGGCGUGCGGCCGUGUACAGUUGGUGGACGUGUAAAUGUCCCCUGUAAAUGUUACCUGUCAUCAGUGCGUUGAGAAAAAGCCUUAAAUUCGGGACUUAUAUUUGCUUUAACGUCCCUCGCUGUGCAUCCAGUCGCGGGCCGGUUUCAACUGGGGGGCAGCCGGAAUGCAUUCUGGGUCAUAUACACAGCCCGUGUGUUCAAAUCUGGAGAAAAAUAAAGUGGACAUUGAAAAUGAAACCUAUCAAAAAUAUUGCGAUAUACUGAAAGAUAUUUUUAAAUAUUGUUGCGUAUUCAAUUACAUAAUUUUAUUAUUUUUUCCCCUUUUAUUUUACCAACAAGUCCUCUUGCUUCUACUUGAAUCCAUAUAGUAUAUAUAAUUGGUGUCUAUUUAUUUAUUUGUAAUUUUUUUAAUCCUUUAGAAAUCUAAUCUUGUAUACAAGAAUAUAAAAAACAUUUUAUAGCGCACCAUAUAUAGCAGGUUAAAACGGAGUCCAGUCACCUUGGCAAAUACCAUGAAAAAUCAUUAAAUAUAACGGAAAAUUAGAUAAUAUACAAUCAUGUAGAGAAUGAUUAUUCUUUCAAAUUUGGAAUAAAUGAACAAAGCCACUAAAUUAUUUUAAAAAAUAAUUAAAAAUAAAAAAAUAAACCCCAUUUUGUGUACUGAACCAUAUUUGUCAAAAUGGACCCCACGCACCAUGACUUCAAGACAAAGAUAUAAUCAUUAUAAAUCGAUAAAUGUGGGAAGAGUUGCCAAAGUAAAAGAAAGUUUUGUCAUGUACUCCAAGAAAAAGAAUACAUACACUCAACGGCCUCGACUUGAGCAAGGAGACGACUGCGUUUAUUAGCGUUUGAUCCCCUCCCAGUCAAUGAUGUCAUAUUUUCUGUAAAUAGGUUCCCACGGACUGGCCAUACAUAUACGACGACCGUGUGGUGUUUUCAAUGUUGUCGGGAGUGCUUUCAGCAAUUGUAUUAUUCCAUGUACUUCAAAAGCACACAUGUUGAGCUGUGCCCCCCCCCCCCCCCCCCAAACCAGAAACAUAAGAAGAGCACAGUUUAUUUUACAUCUUUUCUGAUUUUUUUUAAUCCGCCAGCAGCAUCACCAUUUUUGGUGGAUCUGUGUCGUCCACUUGAUAAGAAAAAUCCAAAUAAAAAAAUAAUCGCUUUUUUUAAUGAGAGACGAUUCUAACAAUGACGUGUUAGUGACGCGCCGGCAUGGCCUCGGAGCAUGAAGUUAUGAGCAAGCAUCUGGGCGGAUUGCUCUGAUGUCAUCCCAAUUAUGAAGGCGUCGCGAGAUGGUUGUGACACACUGCGGUGGCUUGGCCAAUGUCGAGGGGUUGGGGAUUGACGAAUAACUCCCGAUACGUACGGUAUUGCCAACGGUAAACGGUAUCCUAAUACAGAAAAUGAUGUCACUCAAACGAUGUGAAUCGCAGAGUAACUUGUGAUACGGUAUCGUGAUAUUUAACAGGUACACAAUCUCAUGUGAUAACCAAUGUAUUGUAUGACUCCUCGGGGGGGGGGGCGGCAUGUUUGAUAUAUAGCAGGGCUGAGAAAAUAAUUUAGCUAUCUUAGAAUAUCGAAUAAAAUGCUGGGCGCGGCAGGGGGGGGGGGGGGGUCUUAACUGGGGCUACACGUAUUUUUGACAGGGCUAUCAACCUCCUUAGCCCCGCUAUAGCGCCAUUCCCCCUUGUGAGGGACAACCCACCUCCCCCCUAGACAAUUGCAAAUACUUGAUAGAUGUAAUUUAGCUCGCAAUAUGGUUACGCAACUAAUAACAUUUGCUCGUAAUUUAUAUGUAUAUGAUAUUGCUGGAUGGAUACUGUACCGUAUUGCGAUAUUUUGUCCCACCGGAGCUGUUUUCAAAUUUUCAGAAUGUCGAAAGUCCGUGUUCGAUUCAUUUUUAAAAAAAAUGAUGUUAAGCAGCUAUUUAAUAAGACAAAAAGAUAGCAGAAUCACCUUUAAUUUGGUUUUUAUGACGUCUGCUGUAGAUAUAGGCUACGUUACACACUAGUAUACCCGUGCGGGUAUUACGCAUUCUGGGCCACUGACAAUACAUACUUCAUGUACUGUAAAUAACAUGUGUAUUUUCUUUGUGCUCGUGGGAAAAAUAAUCCAGGUGAAUAUACAAUCUUUUUCAUUUUAAUGUUCACUCUUAAUUUCGGGGGCGCAGAGAAGUUUGUAUUAAUAAAUAAUCAUUUUAAAAAAGGCUUCUGACUGACUGUAGCCUCGGGAUCCUCUUACAGAUGAAUAACUGUGACUUUGCAUCAUGAAUAGUAUAUUAUUUUGAAUGUAAUCCAGAAGGCCGGGGAACCUCUUUUGAAUGUAAUCAAUCACGUAGGAUUGGGUGGAGGAGGAUAAUAAUUGUUUUUGUAAAUAUGUGAUUUUAAAAAAAGGGACGAAAAGGACCUUGAUUAAUGUGCAAAUUAUACGACUGUGCGUGUGUCUGAGAUGAUGUGUGUGCGUUGCCACGUACACUCGGAUGCAAGACUGUGCGUGUGUGUGGGGCAGAUUUAACCUUGCUUUAACCAAUCAAUCAAUCAAUCAAUGAACCCAAUGCUUUGUGCAUCAUGUGAGUAGCUUAACCACAAUUAAUGGAAAUGUUCCUUGUGAUACUGUGCAUUUAAUAAAAAGUGGUAUGUCUUA